ACCGCACUCUUCUCAUCACUCGCAACAGCAACACACUUCGAGACGAACGACAUUUUCGACGAGAGAUUCCUUCAUUUUUGGACCGAAUGUCAUAAGGGCUGACGAUCCAAAAAAACGUAGAGUGCGAGUUCGAGACCAGAAAAAGAGAUGUUUUCCUCGAUGAAAACGCUGAUGACCGUCGCGGCCCGGGCUGAACAGGUCUUGGCCCGUGGUUAUGCUGCUAAGGCUGCAGCAACGGCUGCCACUGCCCAGGGUAAGGUAGUGGCCGUAAUCGGUGCCGUCGUGGACGUCCAGUUCGACGACAAUCUGCCACCAAUUCUGAAUGCCCUGGAAGUACAGGGCCGUCCCGCCCGUCUGGUGCUGGAAGUUGCGCAACAUUUGGGAGAGAACACCGUCCGUACCAUUGCCAUGGACGGUACCGAAGGAUUGGUGCGUGGCCAACGUGUUCUGGACACCGGAUCUCCGAUUAGGAUUCCGGUCGGAGCCGAAACUCUGGGUCGCAUCAUCAACGUCAUUGGUGAGCCAAUCGACGAGCGCGGCCCAAUCGAAACCAACCUGAACGCUGCGAUUCACGCCGAAGCUCCAGAGUUUAUUGACAUGAGCGUCGAGCAGGAGAUUCUGGUUACCGGCAUCAAGGUCGUCGAUCUGCUGGCCCCGUACGCCAAGGGUGGCAAGAUCGGUCUGUUCGGUGGUGCCGGUGUCGGCAAGACUGUACUGAUUAUGGAGCUGAUUAACAACGUUGCCAAGGCCCAUGGUGGUUACUCCGUGUUUGCCGGUGUCGGUGAGCGUACCCGCGAGGGUAACGAUCUGUACAACGAAAUGAUUGAGGGUGGUGUCAUCUCGCUCAAGGAUAAGACCUCCAAGGUCGCCUUGGUGUACGGCCAGAUGAAUGAACCCCCCGGCGCCCGUGCCCGUGUCGCCCUGACUGGUCUGACCGUCGCUGAGUACUUCCGUGAUCAGGAGGGACAGGAUGUGCUGCUCUUCAUCGACAACAUUUUCCGUUUCACCCAGGCCGGUUCCGAGGUAUCUGCCCUGCUGGGUCGUAUCCCGUCCGCUGUCGGUUACCAGCCAACCCUGGCCACUGAUAUGGGUAGCAUGCAGGAGCGUAUCACCACCACCAAGAAGGGAUCCAUCACUUCGGUGCAGGCCAUCUACGUGCCGGCUGACGAUUUGACUGAUCCUGCUCCGGCUACGACCUUUGCUCAUUUGGACGCCACCACUGUGUUGUCGCGUGCCAUUGCCGAGCUGGGUAUCUACCCUGCCGUGGAUCCCCUUGAUUCCACCUCCCGUAUCAUGGACCCGAAUAUCAUCGGUCCCGAGCACUACAACAUCGCUCGUGGUGUCCAGAAGAUCCUGCAGGAUUACAAGUCCCUUCAGGAUAUCAUUGCUAUCCUGGGUAUGGAUGAAUUGUCUGAGGAAGACAAGCUGACUGUCUCCCGUGCCCGUAAGAUCCAGCGUUUCCUGUCGCAGCCCUUCCAGGUUGCUGAAGUUUUCACCGGUCAUGCCGGCAAGCUGGUCCCUCUGGAGGAAACCAUCAAGGGAUUCACCAAGAUCUUGAACGGUGAGUUGGAUCACCUGCCCGAAGUCGCUUUCUACAUGGUCGGCCCAAUUGAGGAGGUCGUCGAGAAGGCCGAACGCUUGGCCAAGGAAGCCGCCUAAGGUACCCAUUCGGCAGAGCAUAGAGAACCAGCAGCAGUAAUUAGUCAUCAGUAGAGCGGAAAACAAAUCUUCCGAAUGGGACUCGGAAGGGGAUCCCGGAAUCCUCCCACAUUGUCUUGGGGUCUCCUUCAAGCUUCAUUCGAGGGAGAUCAAACGAAUCUAACGCAAAGCAGAAAUUCCAGCCCUAACACACGCGAAAAUAAUGGGAACGUUCUAGCAGAUUUAGUCGAGGUUGAAAAUAUAGACUUUUUAGUGUUGAUCGUAAACAA